CGCCGUCUUGAAAGAAUUUUUUUCCUCCCCCCUCCCCCGCCCCCUUCUUCUUAACCAACCCAAUCUGUUUGCGUGCGCUGCAUCUUAACGACUGUUACGACAUUUCAUGACCACAAUGGCCCACCCCGCUGGUGAGCCCGUCACAAUCUCCCUCCGUCGUCCGACGGACGACCCCGUUUUCGUUGCCGGCACCUUCUCCGACCCGCACUGGGAGCCCGUCGAGCUCGGCGCCAGGCCUGUCGACACAGAACCCGAUGAGGAGGGCCUGACCUCCACCGAAUAUCUCUUCUCCCACGAGUUGAAGCUGGUUCCCGGUCAAUAUCAAUAUCGUUUCCGAGAGGGCGCCAACGGCCCGUGGUUCCACGACGAGAAGGUCAAACACGCCGCCGGGGAUGGUGGUCUGAUGCACAACUUCCUCGCCGUGGAGUCGAGCGCACAGCCCGAAGCUGCCGAGGAGGACGCUACGCCGGAAGAGAAUGGCGUCAAUGGAGUCGCCGAACCCACAUCUGUCGCCAAUGGCUCCGCGCCGGAGGUCAACGGAACGGAAUCCGCCGAGCUGAGCUCCGAGACACAGCCUGCAGCGGAAGCCACAGAGGUCAAAGAGGUCACAUCGAAGCCGGAGGAGCCUGUCGCCGAGGCUGAAGCGGUGGAACCCGCCACAGAGACUCCCGCCGAGCCUACCGAAUCGACCGAGCCAGCUGCCGUGGAGGAACCGGUCACCGAGGAAUCCGCUGCGACUGAGCCUGCGGAGGAGCCUGUUGCUGGGAAAACGGAAGAAUCGGUCGAGGCCGCCGUUGAGGCCGCCGUUGAGGAUCCCGCUAUCGAGGCCGCUGUCGAAACUGCUGCUGAGGAGGCCGUUGAGGAGGUAGUCGAGGAAGAAAAGGCCGAGGAAUCUACGGAGACGCCUGCUGUCGACGAGCCCGCCGUUGAGUCCGCCAAGGAAGUGACUGAAUCGACUGAAACACCCGCCGAGCUUGCCUUCGAAGAAUCUGUUCCCGAGACCACUGCAACGGAGGCUGCGGAGGAGAGCUUUGAACCCUCUGAAGAGGCCGACAUUGAGAUUGUUACAAGGACUCCCGCGGAGGAACCCAGUGUGGAAGAGCCCGUGACUGAGCAGGAGCCGGAGGAAGUUGUGGCCGAAGUCUCGACGGAGGCGGAGAAGCCCGAAUCUGUGGAAGUAGAGGAUACUAAGGAGGUUCCUGCGGAGACCGCCCCGGAAAAGAGCACCGUAGAGCCGGUCGAGGAGGCUGAACUGGUUGCGGAAGCCGUAGAAGCCACCCCGGAAGAAUCUACCGUGGAGGAAUCUGCUGCCGAACCCGUUCAGGAAUCUUCGGAGCCCGCUGCGGAAGAGGCUGCCGUUGAGGUUGCCGUCGAAGAGGCUGCGCAGGACCCCGCUGUCGAAGCUGCUGUCGAGGAGGCUGCCGAGCAGGCCACCGAGGAGACCAUCGAGGAACCGGCGGUUGAAGUCGUCGAGGAAUCCGUUGCGGAGGCUGCCGUUCCCGAGGCCGCUGAGGAAUCAAAGGAACUUCCCGCUGAGGAGACGGUCGUGGAAGAGCCCGCUGCCGUUGCCACUGAGACCGCCGAAGUGUCUCCGGAAGCUGCUGUCGAGGCGGCUGUCGAGGAGGCUGCUCAGGACCCCGCUGUUGAGGCUAUCGCCAAGGAGGCCGCCGAAGAGGCCGCCGAGGAGGCUGAAGAACCUAAGAUCGAAGCUGCCGUUGAGGCUGCUGCGGAGGACCCUGUUAUCGAGGCUGCCGUCGAGGAGGCCGCCGAAGAGGCCGUCAAGGAGGCCACUGAGGAACCCACUGCCGAAGUCGAAGAAGCUGCUGUUGAGGCCGCUGUCGAGGAGGCUGUCGAGGAGGCUGCUCGGGACCCUGCCAUCGAAGCUGCCGCCGAGGUGGCCGCUGAGGAAGCUAUCGAGGAGGCUACCGAGGAACCGACUACCCAGACCGAAGAAUCCGCCGUCGAGGCCGCCGUUGAGGAGGCUGCUCAGGACCCUGCCAUCGAAGCUGCUGCCGAGGAGGCUGCCGAGGAAACUAUCGAGGAGACCGCCGAGGAACCUACCACUCAGACCGAAGAAUCCGCCGUCGAGACCGCCGUUGAGGAGGCUGCUCAGGACCCUGCCAUCGAAGCUGCUGCCGAGGAGGCUGCCGAGGAAACUAUCGAGGAGACCGCCGAGGAACCUACCACUCAGAUCGAAGACUCUGCCGUUGAGGCCGCCGUCGAAGAAGCUGCUCAGGACCCUGCCAUUGAAGCUGCCGCCGAGGAGGCCGCCGAGGAAGCUAUCAAGGAGGCUACCGAGGAACCGACUACCCAGACCGAAGACUCUGCCGUUGAGGCCGCCGUCGAAGAAGCUGCUCAGGAUCCUGCUAUCGAAGAGGCCGCUGAGCUUGCUGCUGAGGAAGCCGUCGAGGAGGCUACUGAGGAAUCUACUGCCGAAGCUGAAGAAGCUGCCGUUGAGGCCGCUGUCGAGGAGGCUGCUCAGGACCCUGCUGUCGAAGUUGCUGCUGAGGUUGCCGCUGAAGAGGCCGUCGAGGAGGCUACUGAGGAGGCUAUCGAGGAAGCUAUCGAGGAAGCUGCCCAGGACCCUGAGAUCGAAGCUGCCGCCGAAAUUGCUGCCGAAGAAGCUGUCGAGGAGACUGCCGAGGAGGUUAUCGAGGAAGCUAUCGAGGAGGCUGCCGAGGAAGCUGCCGAGGAAGCUGCCGAGGAAGCUAUCGAGGAGGCUAUCGAGGAGGCUAUCGAGGAGGCCGCUGAGGAGGCCGAUCAGGAGACCGCUGAGGAGACCGCUGAGGAGGCCGCUGAAGAAGCUGCCGAGGAAGCCAUCGAAGAGGCCAUUGAGGAGGCUAUCGAGGAGGCUCCCGAGGAAGCUGUUGUCGAAUCUGCCAUCGAGGCUGCCCAGGACCCCGCUAUCGAAGCUGCUGUCGAAGUCGCCGCCGAAGAAGCCGUUGAGGAAGCUGCCCAAGAAUCCGCCGUCGAGGCCGCUGUUGAGGAGGCCGCGGAAGACCCUGCCGUCGAGGCUGCCGCCGAAGAAGCCGCCGAAGAAGCGGUUGAGGAAGCUACCGAGGAAUCCGCUGUCGAGGCCGCUGUUGAGGAGGCCGAAGAGGACCCCGCUGUUGAGGCUUCUGCUGAGGAGGCUGCUGAAGAGGCUAUCGAGCAAACCCUCGAGGAACCUGUCGAGACUGCCGAGGAGCCCGCUGCCGAUGCGGUAGAGGAAGCCGCCGUCGAGGCUGCUAUUGAAGCUGCCGUGGAUGACCCCGCUGUCGAAGCUGCUGUCGAGGAGGCCGUCGAGGCUGCCGUUGAAGAACCCGCUGUCGAGGCUGCUAUCGAGGCCGCUGCUGAGGAACCCACCGCUGACGCUGCUGUCGAGGAUAUUGUCGAAGACCCUGCCGUCGAGGCUGCUGUUGAGGCCGCUGCCGAGGCUGCCAUUGAAGAACCUGCCGUCGAGGCCGCCGUCGAGGAGGCUGUUGAGAAGGCUGUCGAAGCCGCUGUCGAAGAGCCUGCCGUCGAGGAAGCCGUCGAGGAAGCCGUCGAGGAAGCCGUCGAGGCCGCUGUCGAGGAACCUGUCGAGGCCUCUAAGGAAGUGGUUGAAGAACCCGUUCAGGAAUCUGCUGAGGAACCCGUGUCCGAAGAGCUUGCAGUCGAAGUUCCUGUUGCUGCGGCUAUUGCUGCUGAGAUUGUUGCGGAAGCUACUCAGGAGCCCGCUGCUGAGGAGCCCGUCCAGGAGUCCGUUCCCCAAGAACUGGUAGUUGAAAUUCCCACCGAGGAGGCCCAGGCCGCCAAGGAAACUGCUGAGGAGCUUUCGCCUGAAGUCACAAUCGCUCACGAGGAGACCAUCGAAGCCCUCAUGCCGGAGUCCGAGGUCGAGACUGCUGAGCCCGUCGAGGUCAAGGAGGUGAUUGUCGAAGAGGUCGCACCGGCCGAGUCGGUUGAAGCUGCCGUCCCUGAGGUGGAGGAAUCUGUGGAAGUUGUGGAGCCCGCUCCGGAAUCAGCUGCUCAAGAUGAGGAGGACCUUGCUGCGGAGGAGAACUUCACGGAUGAGUCGUCCAACCUGGCGGAGUCCACCAUCGCCACAACUGCCGGAGACGAGCUUGCGUUCGAGAUUCGGUCGACCAAGGACGCUGGCGAGCCUACUGAGGAGCCUAUCGACGAAGAGCCUGUCGCUGAGGCCAUCGCCGAGGAGCUUGUCGCCGAGGAGAUUGCCGAGGAGCUUAUCGCUGGGGCUGUCGCCGAGGAGAUUGCUGCUGAGGCUGUUGCUGAGGAGCUUAUCGCUGAGUCUGAGCAGCCCGCUGAGGUUGUCGCCGAGGUUGUCGAAGAGCCCACCAAGGAGGAGGUUGCCGCCGAAGAGACCGCUGUCGAGCAGCUGGUUGAAGCCGUUGAGUCUGAGGCGAAGGAACUCGUUGCCGAGGCGAAGGCUGCGCCUGAGGAAACUGUGGACAAGUCCGUCCCUGAAUCCGUGGAGGUUGAGGCACCUGUUGUUGUGGAGGCUGUCGCUGUUGAAACCCCGGCUGAGUCGGCUAAGGAAGCCGCCGUCCCCGAACAGGCUGCUGUGGAAACCGAAGAGAAGGCUGAGGAGGCGGAACCUGUUGCCGAAGAGAGCGUUGAGGUUACGGAAACUGCUCCUGAGCCCGAGGCCCCCGUUGAGGCUGCUCCCGAGAGCAAGGACCACAUUCUGACCCCCGAAACCCUUGGUGCAGGCGUCGCGGCGAUUGCUGCAGGUGCUGCGGUCACGGCUGGAGUGAUCUCGGCCUCUCACCACGCACCGGAAACACAGACGCCCGAGAACAAGGCAACUGAGCCUACCGAGAGUAAGCAAGCAGCCGGCUCUGGAGAAUCCGAAGCUGACCCUGCCCCAGCCCCCCAACCCGAAGCCAGCAGACAGGCGACUGUCGAGGACGACACGGAAACCGCCGCCUCCAACAAGGCAGUAGCCGCGAAGGGCACCACGGACGCUCGCGCCCAGAGUCAAAAUCGGUCAGUCACAGCUGUUUCUCUGAACCAUAAGCAUGACGGCUGGUUGAAGACGAUCCUCCGGGCUGUUUUCACCAACUUCUUCGGGGCCAUAUUCUCGCCCUUCCGCCGGCGCGGAAGGAACAACCAGUAGAAGUCGCGGGAAUGCGGAAGCGAAUCCGUCGACUGUUUUUUGUCAUUCAUGCUUGUCUGUCGUUGCCCACGCUAAUGUG